ACAAGUAAACAUGGCGGAUGAGGAUCCAAACACGAAAGUUGGUGAAGACGCUCCUACGAAAGAAGAAGAUCUGGAGGCAACGGAACCUGAACAAGAUGCUGUGGUUAACAAUAGCGACGAGGUCCAGAAAGACAAACCGGCAGACAGCUCUUGGUCGGCGCCGAUUUUGUCUUUUGCUCGUAAAGCGACGGAGACGUUGAGCAGUGUGAACAACUACAGCGCUGGAUUAAAGGCAUCUGACUCACAACAACACUCCUGUGACAGCUCUGACACUAUUAAACCCGCAGGUAUGAAGGAUCCUGCAGCAGUGGAGAGGUCAAAUCUCCUCAGCAUGAUGAAGCUCAGCAUCAAGGUUCUGAUCCAGUCGUCUCUCAGUCUCGGCCGGACGCUUGACUCUGAGUAUCCUCCUCUGCAGCAGUUCUUUGUGGUUCUGGAGCACUGCCUUAAACAUGGACUAAAAGUGAAGAAAUCUUUCAUUGGUCAGAAUAAAUCUAUCUGGGCACCACUGGAGUUGAUAGAAAAACUGUGCCCUGAGUCAGCUGACAUUGCCACCAGUGUGCGUGAUAUGCCAGGACUCAAGACAGGGCUUGGGCGAGCUAGAGCGUGGCUGCAUUUGGCCCUUAUGCAGAAAAAAAUCGCAGACUACAUGAAAGUCCUUAUAAACAGGCGAGACCUUCUUGGGGAGUUUUAUGAGCCCGGGUCUCUUAUAUUGGAGGAGGAAGGGGCUGUUAUCGUGGGCAUGCUGGUGGGCCUGAAUGUGAUCGAUGCUAAUUUGUGUGUGAAAGGAGAGGAUCUGGAUUCUCAGGUGUGUGUUAUUGACUUCUCAUUAUAUUUAAAGGAUCCACAGACAACUGAAACCACACAAGAUGAUUCAAAAAUGACAGCCAUCCUUGACCAGAAGCACUAUAUAGAGGAACUGAACCGCCAUCUUAGCUGCACAGUGACGGAUCUUCAGGCCAAGAUGGACUCGCUGGAGAAGACCAAUGGCAAACUCAUUGAGGAGCUGACAGCAGCUACAGACAGAAUCAACGCACUGCGUGAAGAGCAGGAACAACUUAAACAGGAAAAUGCAAAUAUUCUCCAAACUAGUCAGAGAAAAGAGGAGGUGACUCUUCAGGACAGCCAGGUGGAGUUGGAAACGUAUCGGCAGACACGUCAGGGUUUGGAUGAAUUGUACAAUGUAGUUUGGAAGCAGUAUAAAGAGGAGAAACGAAUCCGGCAGGAGCUGCAAAAAGAGCUGGAGCUGCAGAUAGGACUGAAGCAGGAAAUGGAGGUGGCCAUGAAACUCCUGGAAAAGGACACUCACGAGAAACAGGACACACUGGGCGCAUUACGACAACAACUGGACCAGGUCAAGAAUCUCAACCUGCAGAUGUUCAACAAAGCACAGGAGUCUGACCGAGUAGCCCAGAGAAAAGUGGAGGAGAUGCUACAGCUUGAAAAGAAAAUGAUUCAGAUGGAGGCAUCCAUGAAAGAACUAGAGCAGAGGCUUCAGAAUUCAGAGAAUUUGUGCAAGAACACGGAUGAAAGCCAAAAUGAGCUGCGAUCAGAGAUGAAAGGGAAAGUGAACGCUCUGCAGAAGCGUCUGGCUGACCUGGACACACUCAGGGCAGGCUUGGAGUCAGAGCUCAGCACAGAGAAAGAACAGCGGCAGAACCUGCAGAGAGAGCUGCAGAGAGAGCAGGACAACAGCACUGAGCUGUGCACACAACUGCAACAGCUGCAAGGCCUGCAGACGGAAUUGCUUGAACUGCGACAUGAGAAGAAACAGCUCCAGCAGCUGUGUGAGGAACAGGAAAAGGCUCUACAGGAGAUGGGUCUUCAUCUCAGCCAGUCCAAACUCAAGAUGGAGGACUUCAAAGAGGUCAACAAAGCAUUGAAGGGCCAUGCCUGGCUAAAAGAUGAUGAAGCCACACAGUGCAAACAAUGCCAAAAAGAGUUCUCAAUAUCUCGGAGGAAACACCAUUGCAGAAACUGUGGAGACAUCUACUGCAACAGCUGCUCCAGUAAUGAGCUGGCUCUACCUUCAUAUCCCAGACCUGUCCGCGUAUGUGACGUCUGCCAUUCCCUCCUGCUCCAGAGGAGUACCACUGGCUCUUGACAAC